CAUGGGCCUCGGUGGAACAAGCAUCAGUUCCGAUUUAUCGGACGACCAGUGCAGGAGUCUAGUUUUGACGAUCGGAUGCUUGCGUCGAGAGACUCUGCGAGUGAUCGAAAGUUAGUGUUGAUUUUCGGGUGUCGAGAAAAGUGCUUGUGUUUUGGAGCUCAACGCUCGGAUCGAACAUCAGCGUUUUUUUGAAUCGCACUCCAAAGAAGAUCGAACGAUGGUACGGCUCGCGCUGCCACUAGCGGUCUUGCUGCUCGCGAUCUUCAAUGCGUCCGGCAGCUUCAGUUGCCCAAAACGUUUGCCCUGUCACUGCUAUUCGAACGAUGUAGACACGUACGCGAUCACCUGCUUGACCAACGCCUUGACCAAUUCGGCGUUCAAAAUCACGUAUCAGCCAGGAGACCUGGUUCAGAUUCAGUGCGAGAACUCGCCAAACUGGUCUCGUUUGCUUCAGGGCACCGUCAUUGACAUCGGCUCCGUCCGCGAGUUUGUGUUUACCGAUUGCGAACCGCCAGGGCCGGCAUACAGCUCUAGAAUCGUCAACGAGCAGUUGAGAGCUCAAAAUGUCAAGUAUUUGAAGUACGAGAAUCUGAUCGCGCCACUGAGCGCUCAGGACUUGGACGUUUUUCCCGAUGUGAGGCACCUCGAGCUGACGAACAAUCCGUUAGGAGAGUUAGGCGUUCCGCGAGAUCUAUUGAGAGGCCUUCCUGUCUUGAACAUCUUGGAGCUGAGAAACACGAACAUCCAAAAGAUCCCGCAAGGCUUCUUCAACAAUUCUCGUUUUCUGAGGACGCUCGAGCUCAGCGGCAACAACUUCAAGUCUCUGACACCAGGUGUCUUCGAUGGACUUGAAAAGCUCGAACUGUUGAAUAUCCAGGAGAACGAUCUGCGGGAUUUGAAGCCUGACUUGUUCCGCGGUCUUAAAAGUCUCGAAUUACUCGAUAUCCACCAAAACAGUCUCAAAACUCUGCCGGUGGACAUCUUCGCCGAUUUAGAGAACCUGGAGAGCAUCAACUUAAGCGUCAACAAUUUCACUUCGCUGCCGGCCGAUCUCUUUCUCUACAACCCUAAGCUCAAGGUCGUCAAACUUCUGUACAACAAGUGCAAUCUCACGACGUUGCCCAGUAGAUUUUUCUCAAAUCUUACCAACCUCAAAGAUGUCACGCUGAUGCGUAACGGGAUUCACUACCUGCCCGAGGAUUUGUUCUGGUACUCGACGAAUAUCGUCAAGUUGAAUUUGAAUAGGAAUUAUUUGCAGACGCUGCCUUUUAACCUAUUCAAAGACAUCACGGAGUUGGAAACGCUCACUUUGUUCUUCAACGACCUGCAGUAUCUGGAUGCUGGAAUUUUCUUCAGUAAUAAGAAGCUCCGCAAGCUUGACCUGUCCAAGAAUCGUCUGAGAUUCAUCGAUGAGCUCACAUUCGCAGGAUUAGAAUCCCUGCAGGAGCUCCUCUUGGAGUACAAUGAACUAAGCUACAUCGACGCUAAAGCUUUUGCUCCUCUCAGUCAGCUUAGAUUUGCGAGGUUUGCAAACAAUAAGUUGACGCUAGAUAACUGUCUUGCUGACAGCUUUGGACAAUUUUCGCCGUUCCACUCGUGCAGCUCGCUCGAAGAAUUGAAUCUGGCGCACAACAAUAUCACAAAAAUGUACAGCGAUUGGACUAUUACCGGCACAAAUUUGCGAAUACUUGAUCUGUCAUACAACAGCUUUGAGUCGUUGCAGGCAGAGGACCUUCAGUUCAUGUCCAACAACAUCGAGGUCGAUUUGAGGUACAACAACAUUCACCACGUGAAUCUGGCGAACCUCGAGUACAUCUCUGCUAACGAAAGCGGAAACCCUCGCCAAGCCAGCAUUUUUCUAUCUUCGAACCCGAUUCACUGUGACUGCAAAAUUUACGAUCUCGUCCGAUAUCUCGACCAGCAAAUGGACUUCCCGAGUGGCACGAAAUUCUACGUCGAGGACAUGGUCUGCGACGGUCCCAAACACAUGGCAGGUUUGCUUGUCUCGCGGUUGAAGUCGCACUCGAUCAAGUGCUUGACCGAGACCUGCGCGUCUGAUUCCACCUGCGACUGUUGGAUGAGACCCUCGGACAGUACUUUGCUCCUCGACUGCGCUGGUAGAAAUCUGACUAAUCCACCUUCGUGGAUCGACACUCAUGGAGCCGAACGAGUUGAGCUUGACUUGUCUAGGAACAAGCUCAGCACGGGGCCGAACAUGACUGCGAAGGGCUACAACAAGGUGGUCAGGUUAAAUUUGUCGGAAAAUAAAAUCAUUGCUGUGGAUGAGAGCUUAAUCGCGCCUAAGUUAAAGAUUUUAAACCUCCAUGACAACAAACUGACAUCUAUGAACUCCGAAGUCCUGAGGAAGCUGGCCAACGAUUCUAUGAUCUCGCAACUCACACUGCGAGGCAAUCCAUGGAUCUGCGACUGCUCAUCUCAUGAUCUGCUCUCCUAUGUUCGGUCUAGCUUCAAGCAGCUUCCCGACUUGCUGAACAUCACUUGCCGAAAUUCCAACGUCUCUCUGUCAAGCCUCUCGCCCGGCGAGCUCUGUCCUACAUCGAACCGUUUGAUCAUCAUGAUCUACUUGAUCAUCUGUCUAUUCGCUCUUUUCCUAGGCUGCGCCUCAGCCUUGUACUACCAGUUUCAGGAGCGAAUCAAGGUCUGGCUCUACGCGAAGAACCUGUGCCUGUGCCUUGUGACGGACGACGAGAUGGACCGAAACAAAACCUACGACGCAUUCAUCAGCUACUCGCACAAAGACGAGGAGUUCGUGAUGAACGAGCUCGUAGCAAAACUCGAGAAUGGACCCAAACCCUACAAGCUUUGCAUCCACGUCCGGGACUGGCUGGUUGGCGAGUGGAUACCCAUGCAGAUCGCCCGUAGCGUCGAGGAGUCGCGGCGUACCAUCGUCGUGCUCUCGCCCAACUUCAUCGAGAGUAUCUGGGGCCGUAUGGAGUUCCAGACUGCUCACAAGCAGGCCCUUAGUGAUAAACGCGCGAGACUCAUCGUCGUCGUCUACGGUGAAAUCGGACCCACUGACGAGCUCGAUCCUGAACUCCGGGCCUACCUGCAAAUGAACACCUACGUCAAGUGGGGCGAUCCUUGGUUCUGGCAGAAGCUCAACUACGCCAUGCCUCACUUGGCUAGACUGCCGGAACAAGUUGAUCAGGAGAACAACUGCUCGAGCACUAUCAACAGAGCCAUCGUCGACGAAAAGCAAAUCAAUCAGCCGAAAGUUACCUUCGCCGAUGAGAUUAAUGAGAAAGAGACUGUCAUCGAAACUCUUGAAGAGAUGAGCAGAUGAAGUUUCUUGGUCAAUUGUCCCAACAUUAGGAAUAAAUAGCGUUAAAGUGACAUUAGGAAUAAAUAGCGUUAAGUAUCUAACUAUAUACUAUACUAACAAGGAGAAUCCACAUCCCUUAAGUCGUAGAGUUGAUUGAAACUGUAGGAAUGAAUUGCUGGUUAAAAACGGAGGUCGUGUUUUAUCCCAUGAGCCCCUUAAUAUAUAGAAUUAUAUAGAUUUUUCAACGUACACAUUGAGUAUAUCUAUAUACAUUAUGUAUUUUUACAAUAUACAUGGAUAUAGCUUAAUUUGUGUAAGUACGCGCACACCUUGAAAAAUAGGGUCUAAUGGAACAAUGGACUAAAAUACGUAACAUCUCCAUUUUUUGCCAACAACUUCUGUUCUACAAGUUUCAGUUUCAGUUUUAGGUAAUUUCAUAACCCAACGGGUGAAUUUUCCUUGUAGGCAAGAACUAGCUCGUGAAUAUUUAAUAAUCUUAUUUGUAAAUAUAUUUUAAUCCAUAACUUUUUAUAAGACUUUUUCUAUAAUUGACAUAGAAAUAAUUUACCUGAUCAUUGACACGCGAUAAUUUUAUUAGGAUUUAUAUAUAACGUAUCAAAUUAGCUUGAAAUAUAUUUAGCGUUAUAAAUAAUUGUGUACUCCAACGAUACGUUUUUACGUUUUGUAAACAAUUUAGGAAACUAAAUUAUAUUUCCAAUGUCCGCUAUUUUUUGUAAUGACUUCGUUAUAAUUACAGUAUAAUGAUAAGCAAAUUUAUAUUGUCAAUAUCACAUAAGAAAAUAAAAUGACCAUGCACAUGAUAUCAAAA